CCAAAUUUCAACAGAAACUUUCAAUGAUGAGAAGUUUUUUGUGUAUUUUGUUCAUAUUUACAGGCUUUUCACGGAUUUUUGAGGUGGAAAUUGUGUUAGCUGCAGAUACUGCCUUUUCUAUUGAUACAAAUCUGACCACCAGUGGAUGGCAUACUAAUGAGGAGAAAAAGCAGGUCACUACAGAUUGUAGCGAUACGCUCGUCUCCACCGAGGGCUCCAUCACGUCUCCAGGAUUUGAUGAAGCUCUUCCUCCUGGGUUCCAUUGUGAUUGGUUGGUCAUACUUCCAGAGGGCUCGUCAGUCAGGCUGAAUUUCUCGAGUUUUGACUUACCCCUGGCAGCCAGUGGUCAUUGUAAGGAUGGAUUCCUGCUGCUCGGAACCUUCAGUUCUAAUGGCAACAGGAAGAGUGAGCUGGGUCCUGUGUGUGGGACAGAGGCCCCAAGGGAGAUUUCUCUCCCCUGGGAUAAGUUUUGGGUAUCGCUGUAUUGGGGAAUAUCAGGAACGAGACAAGGGUUGCAUGACUACAAAGGAUUUAGUCUCAGCUUUUCACAAGUGUUACAAACGGACCAUGAACCUGAUAGUUCCUCGGAUAUAGAGCCGGGCUGGUACAGUCUGAUUGUUAUAGCUGGACCAUUGCUGUUUGUGGUACCACUGUAUUUGUGUUUAAGGCGGCGACGAUCGAUUCCACUAUACUGCAGUGACCAGGACACAUCAGAGACGGUGGUCAGAAGAUUCAGAAAGAAGCAUCGUCCGUACUACAACCCAGACGUACAGAGAUCAGGAAUUAUAAAUAGAACGGUCUGUAGGUCAAUAACUGAUGUGAAUGAUGUGACCAACAUCACAAAGCACUCGUACUACGGGGGGUCAGGCGACUAUGAGAAUGUCAAGAAACACCGCAGGCACAGAGAUGACUUUCAUUACUUUAAAAAUAUGUACGUCAGUCGGUCCUCCUUUCCAUCUACUGAUGGGUCCCUUGACAGUCCAGUUUUCUUAGAGGAAUCGGGGAACACCACCCAAACCCAUUUACCCAUGAACACUACAGGCAAAUACCUCACCCUCCCCGUCCAAAGCACAAGAAAAUCCAGGACCUCAUAUUUAAGCAUCUUGCCAGAUUUUGAGUCCACUUUGGACCAUGGAAAGAUUCAGAGCAAAGAGAGUCUGAAUGUGAAAUCACCACAGUCUCCCUCCCUAGCCUGUGUGGAUCAAGUCAGUGGGAGGAGGUCUGUGUACCAAGUCAGUGGGAGGAGGUCAGUGUACUUUCAGGACCAACUGAUCCGCAAACGCCCGAUGAUUCAGGGCCAACUGACCCACAAACGUCCAGUGAGUCAGGACCAAAUGACCCACAAUCGUCCAGUGAGUCGGGACCAAAUGACCCACAAACGUCCAGUGAGUCAGGACCAGAUGACCCACAAACAUCCAGUGAUCCCAAUAAUUACAAUCACUUCUGCAUCUUUAAGGAGGAAGCAGAGACUGUCCACUGUCAGAAAGUCCGAAGAUAGCAACUCUCCCCUGAUGGACGUCAACACUGGUCAGCGAUUUAGAGGUUCCUUCAAACCGCCCAAUCAUGUCAAGGCAUGGCAGUCUGUAGAUGAUGCUUCUGAUGAGUCCGACUGCUUCAGUGAACCUGUCAUGAAUAGUUCCCAAACGACGGAGUUCCAUACUGCCAAAAGUUCCCAAGAUCAGCAUUUUGGGUUUUCUAGUGCAUCCAUUUUGCAAUACAGAGAGUCAAGUGAAAACGAGCUCAAAAGUUCUGUUUCUAAUGAGAGUACACCAAGAUACCAUCAGACAGGAAGCUCUGAGAGCAGUGCAGUAGAUGCAGGAGCUCCUCGUCAGACAGAAGCAUCCGCAGAGAUUGAGUACAUAUCAGAAACGAAAUAUCCUGAUUAUGGUGUCAGAAAAAAAUUCACUAAAUUCUGUGAAACCUGAAAAGAAAAUGAUUUUCUAGCAAACAGCUGCGCAAACCAGAAUUAACGGAAGUUGACUUUUCUUUCAAGCUCCUGAUGCCGGGGAAAAGUGUAUAGAAAUAGAGGCUGAAAAAAGUACAUGGCUAUUAGAGGAUGGGGAGAGAAUCCCAGCUAUAUACAGGUCAAAGUUCAAUUACUAACAUUGAACUGUUCGGAGACAAUAACAGUGUAUGAUAGGACAGACUGGAGGUUAUUUCGUUUUGCAAUUUCCAGCAUUAAGACUAUUUUUAGAAGAAAGGAAGAUGGAAAAAUCUGUUGUAUUUUGAUUUCAAUUAUUGUAGUAUUUAACUCAAUUGCAUGUGUAAAUAAACACCCCCAAAUUCA